AUGAGAGGCGUCGCAGCAGGGCCGUCGUCGCCGGUGACGACUAGGGUCCGCGGUAACACUUGGAGCUUCAGCAAGGUGAGAACCAUUUCCCGCUGUCAAAACAAGAAAUUCUCCGACGUUUUCUUGGCCAGACGAUUCGCUCAAGCGGGCGAAGUCGGCUAUUGUUCGUGGAUUCAUCCGCCGCCGAGUCCACCGAAGUGGCUUCGUGUUGCCGCAAGGCGGUGUGCGGACGUUGGGAUCGAGCGGACGUGGGUGGCCAGGACCCACGUCCCUGGUGCCGGGUGGGCAAAGUUGCCCCUCGCUGGCUCGGUCACCGACACAAGAUUCGACCGAGAGGGGAGCCCGGGGAGGGAGAGAGCACGAGCAACAUGA